UUGCCCUUCAUCGGAAUUCUCUCCGUCUUCUCAUAAACUGCCUCUUGACUUCAACAACCACUCCAGCGACCAGCAAUCAUGGGCUUCUACUUCUACACCUUCAGCUUUGCCUUCCUCGUAAUAGCCACCAUCCUCUACGUGACCCGCAACACCUGGAAACCCUAUGCUCCUCCAAUACCCUACAUAACCGCACCCGGCGAGAUCCCAGUCUGGGCCUACAACAUCUACGACCGAGGCGCAGCAUACAUCGAUCGCUGGCGAUACUCGGCUCUCCCGACCAGCUUUCAGAGUGACGCAGAACAAGGCCUACAUUCUCGCGAUUUCGACAUUUCCGAAAAUAUCACGGCUGGAGAUAGCAGGAGUGGUCUCGAGGGAGAGGCUAAGGCUGAGAUUUAUGGAUUGAUGAGGAGACAUGGCGUCGAUUUUGAUGAGGCGAGGAGGUUGUAUACGGAGAGGCAGUUUGCUGCGCAGGGGAUCGGACCUGAUGGACGACCGUUGGACAAGAAGGCUGUGGUGUUUAGCUGAGACGGCGGCUUGUUCUUUUCUUUGAGUUUGGCAUGUGCGUUUGAGCGAGAUAUUGAGCUGUAAGAUCUGUCAUCUCACCU